GUGGUGCUCUCUGCGGCUUGACUGCGCAGGUCCGCAGCUGGCGGCAGAGACAGACGCAGAGUUCGUCGUUCCCGGCUGGAGCACCGCCGGAGCCGCCCGCUUUGUUCGCCACAGGCUGAGCGCGCGGAGCCGGUGCUCCGGUGUUUCCAGUGCUUAGAGGAAACCUCCGUAGUCGCGAGCGCAGAGCGUUAGUCUGCCGGGAGACCCGGCGGAGGGACCGGUGUGAUUUGUGGGACGGUACACGGUGUAAAAUGGCUCCCGGGCACCGCGAACACCGACUCAGCUGAUCUCCAGCAGCUCCAUGUGACGUCACUGCUUCUUCCAGCAGCACUUCUUCCUCUUCCUCCUCCUCCUCUGCUGCGAGGUGGCAUGUCGGCGGCUCAGACCCAGAAGGAGAGCAGCGAGGCGGGCUGGGGCUGCCUGGAGGCUCUGGGUCUCAGCCAGAAGGAGAUCGUCCUGGCUGAGGCCCUGCAGAUGGAGUACGACGCCCUGUCCAAACUCAGGCAGGACAAGAGAGGAACGGCACCCAGCCAGACCGGCUCCAAGACCCCCAAUCCCUCCAUCGAGCGCCACCAGCCCACACCUUCCCCGCCGGGAGGAAACCUGCCGAUGGGCCUUUCCGGGUCCGAAUCCCCCCUGAACCAAGCGGGAGGGUCCCAAUCUCCACAGUCCGCCCCAGCCAGGGCCCUCCCCCCUCAGGGCGGCAACAUCAAGGAGUCCCCGUACAUCCUGGACACUUCCGAAGUCUGCAAGUUCAGGGACGCUUCUGCGCCCAGCCUCGGGGACUCUCCCGGAUCCAGUUCAGGGUUUCUGCCAAAGGGUUUUCCCGCUCUUCCAGAUGACACACCCCCCGCCAUCCCACCAAGAAACCCCAUCCCGCCACCGGCAGCGUCCGAGAACCCCUUCCUGCCCCCCCGACCCUCCACCGUGCCGCGGGACGUGAACCUGUUCAUGCCUGACGUGGAUCGGCCCAAAGUGACCUCCGGAGACCUGAACUAUGACACCAUCAACGACUCGCUGUCCCGACUAAAUGACAGCUGGCAAGGUCGGAGGGCCAACGGCGACCAAUCGGGCAAGCCCGUGGCCCGCAGCAAGACGCUCCCCCCUCAGGUGCCUCCCAGGACGUACGUAGCUGUUCCCAAGACCAACAAGAACCAGCGUCCGGUCUCUGCAGACCCGGUGUCGCUGGGCGCUAGGAUGAACGGCUUCGGGUACGAGCUCUUCCAGGUGUCGGAGGAGCGCGACGAGGAGGUGGCGGCGUUCUGCCACACGCUGGAUGUGCUGCGCUCGGCGUACCCGUGCUGUGACCGCUCAAAGAACGCCGGCUUUGUGUGGUCGCCCUCCGUCGGCCACGAAGAGCUCCAUCAGGGCCUGGGGGUCAGCGUGAAGGUGACGGUCAUCAGCGAGCACUUCAGAGAGCCGCUCACCUUUACCUGUGACAGUUCGUCCACCGUGGACCUGCUCAUCUACCAGACUCUGUGUUACGCUCAGGACGACCUCGACCAUGUGAACGUGGACGACUACCUGCUGAAGGUCUGCGGACAUGACGAGUUCCUCCACAACGCGCAGACUCUGGGUGGGCUCGAGUUCGUUCAGCAGUGUCUGAAGUUCGACUGGGACGUGCGGCUGUGCCUCGUCAAGAGAUCGUCCAUCAGCAUCGAGCUGGCCCGCACGAAAGAUGACGAUGAGACGGCGUCCACCAUGAACCACAGCAUCCUGCUGCAGGAGCGUCCAAUCAAACAGACAGUCACCAGGGAGGCUCUGACCCUGCUGCUCGACACGUUUCACAACGAGGCCGAGUCCUUCCUGCUGUCAGAGGUGGAGCUGCCGCUGCACGUGGAGCGCCUCGUCCAAUCCGUGAAGGCGCUCUGCAGCUCGUUGGCUGCCGUGGAGACGCCCGACGUGACCUCGGCCCUUAACCAGCUCCCGGCGUGCCCUUGUCGCCUGCAGCCCAAAGUCCUGAAGGAUGCAUCAGUGCUGGCCGUCAGGGAGAACAGAGACAAAGUGGUGGAGAAGCUGACGGCGGCCAUCUUGGAUCUAGUGGAGCUGUACUGCAGCACGUUUAACGCCAACUUCCACACAACGCCGCAGAGCCACUGCUGCACGGCGCCCAUCCAAGAGGCUGGCCUCAUCACCAACGUCCUCUCCUUCAACAUCUACGCCGCCCACCGCAUCCCCAUCACGUGGGCUGCCAGUUACGAAUGCUUCUUCCUGUCCUGCUCUCUGACUCACGGAGGGGCGGAGCUUUGUGCGCCGCAGCACACCAGCAAGCAGUCGGUCAGCAAAUACCUGUUCCACCUGGUGGUCUGGGACCAGAGGGUGUGUUUCCCCGUGCAGAUCAAUCAGCUGCCCCGAGAGUCCCAGCUAACGGUGGUGCUGUACGCCAGCCCUCUGCCGCCCCCCGGAGGAGCUGAGGAGAAGGGGAAGCAGCGGCGCAGCAUCGAGGCGCUGGGCUGGGUCACCAUGCCGCUCUUCAACUUCAGACACGUGCUGACGUGUGGCAGGAAGUUGCUGGGUCUGUGGCCUUCAACCCCGGGGAGGAGCGGAAACGCCCGAACAAGUUCGCCCAACUUCAGCCAGCCGGACAGCGUCAUCCUACAGGUCGACUUCCCCACGUCAUCCUUCGAGGUGCGCUUCAGCACGCCGCCUCCUGCAGACUUCUGCCCUCAAUACAACUUCUCCAGACUGGACACCAUCAGCCAGAUACAGCUGCAGGACGUCCUGCACAAGAAGGCCUUCUUCUGGUUGACGGUGGAGGACAAGCGUCUGCUGUGGGAGAAGAAGGCCUUCUGUCAGGCUGAGAGCGCCGCGCUGCCUCUGGUUCUGGCCAGCGCCCCCUGCUGGGAGUGGGCGUGUCUGCCAGAGAUCUACGCCCUGCUGACACAGUGGGCCUGCCUGGGUCACCUGGACGCUCUGGGCCUCCUCCAUGCCUCGUUCCCAGAUCAGGAGCUGAGGAGGACGGCGGUCCAGUGGAUGGAUUCCAUCUCCGACCCGGAGCUGCUGGAUUUCCUGCCUCAGCUGGUGCAGGCUCUGAAGUACGAGUGUUACCUGGACAGCUCUCUGGUUCGUUUCCUACUGCGGCGAGCCAUCGGGGACAUUCGCGUCGCUCACUACCUGUUCUGGCUGCUGAAGGAUAACCUCCAGGACAGUCAGUUCAGUGCUCGCUAUCAGCACCUCCUCGCUGCGCUGCUGUGCUGCGUCGGUCGGGGCCUCCGGGAGGAGUUUGACCGGCAGUGCUGGCUCGUCUCCAUUCUCGCCAGGGUGGCUCACAAAGUUCGAGAGGCGACGCCGUCCAGCAGACAGUGUGUCCUCAGAGACAGUCUGGAGGAGAUGAAGCAGUUCUUCUCGGUGAACAGCAGCUGCAGGCUUCCUCUGAACCCAGCACUGCUCGUCACCAGCAUCAACAUCCAGUCCUGCUCGUUCUUCAACUCCAACGCUGUCCCUCUGAAGUUGUCCUUCCAGAACCGGGACCCACUGGGAGACAACAUCAGCGUCAUCUUCAAGUCAGGAGACGACCUGAGGCAGGACAUGCUGACUCUGCAGAUGAUCCGCAUCAUGAACAAGAUCUGGAUCCAGGAGGGGUUGGACAUGAGGAUGGUCCUCUUUAAGUGCUUCUCCACGGGGAGGGGCCGAGGUGUGAUUGACAGGGACCGCGCCCCCUUCGUCUUCACCUCUGACAUGGCUUAUGUCAUCAAUGGCGGCGAUAAGCCGUCCAGCCGCUUCCACGACUUUGUGGAUCUGUGCUGCGAAGCAUACAACCUGAUCCGGAAGCACGCUCACCUGUUCCUCAACCUGCUGGGCCUGAUGUUGUCCUGUGGGAUCCCGGAGCUCUCCGACCUCGAUGACCUGAAGUACGUCUAUGAUGCACUGAGACCUCACGAGUCUGAGGCUGACGCCACCAUGUACUUCACCAGGUUGAUCGAGUCCAGUCUGGGCAGCGUCGCCACCAAACUGAACUUCUUCAUCCACAAUCUGGCCCAGAUGAAGUUCACCUCGUCGGAGGAUCGCCCCACGCUGUCGUUCGCCCCCAGGUUCCACUCGGCAAAGAGCGACGGCGUCAUCAAGAACCUGUACAUCUGCAGACACAUCCGGACCGGCGGAAAGGGAUAUGCUUUUGUGGUGAAGGUGGAGCGUGAAGGUCAGCAGGAGGUGCAGCUGGUUCAGAGGACGUUUGAGGAGUUUCAGGAGCUCCACAGCAAACUGAGGCUCAUCUUCCCCUCAUCCAAACUGCCCAGUUUCCCCAGUCGCUUUGUGAUUGGCCGUUCCCGCAGCGAGGCGAUGGCUGACAGGAGGAAGGACGAGCUGAACGGUUACGUGUGGCACUUGAUCCACGCCGCUCCGGAGGUCGCUCAGUGUGACCUGGUGUACACCUUCUUCCACCCGCUGCCCAGAGACGAGCGAUCAGGAACGACGGCGAGCAAACCAGCAGAGAUCUCGUGGUCUCCAGGUUCAGGAAAGGAGCUCGGCGAGGUCAAACUGUCCAUCUCCUACAAGAGUGAGAAGCUCUUCAUCAUGGUGAUACACAUCCGAGGACUGGUCAGUGUGUCAUGUUAUUAUUGGGUUCAUUUAUAGCUUUAUUUUUAUUUGUUGAUUAUUUUUAUUAUGUUUUUGUAUAUAUUUCUUUAUUAUUAUGAUUACUCUCGUUUCUGUUGUGUAUAUACUGUUUUUUUUAAUUAUGU